AUGGACCCUCGCGCGCUUGCACUCGCACCCUCCGCCCUUUUCCCCGCGCCAGUCCUUUCUUCCGCCUGCGCUGCGCGCGUCUCUCCCGCCAAUGGUGCCACACGCAGUCGCACAUCCGCCGUUGCCCCUAUCCGCGCGUCAGCGCAGGCGGAAAACCAACCUUCCGCCCACCCCUCCACUUCCGCCACUCCCGCUUCCGCCGCUUCCCCCGAAGCCCUCCCCAGACGCUCCGCGCUCGCGGGCGGACUCCUCGCCUUGGCUUCCGCCACCCUCUCCCCGUACCUCCCACUACCCGCCGUCCCCCCCGUCGCGCACGCCGCCGCGGACGCCGCCGCAACGGUGGAAGCCGCGGGCGGAAGCGACCUGCUAAAAGGGCUCCGAUCCGCGUUCGAUUCGGACGAGCUCACGGCGAGCGGGCGGCGGCUUCCGAAGGCGUACGUGCGGAGCGUGACGGCGCUCAUCAGCAGCCUGCGCGACGCGCUGGGCGCGGAGGAGGGCGACCGGGGGGAGUUCCGGCGCAAGGCGGACGUGGCUAAGGGCGCGAUCCGCGCGUACCUGGGGGAGUGGCGGGGGAAAGCGCCGGAGAACACUGAGAUCAUCACCUCCUCUCUCGACUCUGUGCUCAGAACGCUCUCCCGCUUCUACAUGCGCAGCGGAGUCAAUGCAAAGCUCCCUGCUGACGUCAGAGACGGGAUCCUUGCUGAACUGGCACUUGCAGAGGCUGCGUUCAGCCUCCUCCCUGAGUCAGAGGAGGUCCACUUUACUCAGGUUCGCACCGCUGCUGCGUACCUCACUGCGAUUAAGGCCCGUUACUCUACUCCCGCUACUGUCUCUCUUGGCCGUCUUUUCCUCCCGUUCCUGUUUCCUGAUCUCGCCUCGUUUGAGCGCUCUGCUGACUUGAUCGCUCACCUCCGCUCGCUCGACGCUAGUUACCGCGCUGCUUGCACUGAGGCACAGCUUGCACUGCUUCCUCCCCCCAUGGCGAUUACUGUCUAUUUCAUCGCCACUAGCCUCCCUGACCGCCUAGCCUCCGUUCGUGACGCGCUUCUGCUGAAACACCCUAGUGAGCUGACUAUCGAGGUCCUUGAGUCUGCACUCAAGGACGUCGAGAGCAACCUUCGCUCGGUAGCUGCCGCCUCUGGUACUGUGUCCCCCCCACUCUUCCACGGGUGCACAGUCCCGCAGUUACCCACCUUCACUGCCUCUCUCGCCACUGCCGCUACUGACGCGACUGCGGCUGCUGUUACGACUGCGUCGCGGUCCCGCGGCAAGGUUGGCAAGAAAGGUAGUUCUGGUGGAGGUGGAGGUGGAGGUAGCGGAGGUAGUGGGGGUGCAGUUGCGACUGGCGGUGGUGGGAGUGCAGCGUCUGGAGAGACCCCUCGUGCAGCGGCUGGUGACUCCACUGCGCCUGCUGGUGGCGGCGACCCCCGAGCUCGUCAGUCGCCUCCUGUACUGCCGACCCUGCUAGUCACUGCACGUCACACUACCACUUUACCGUGUCCUGCUGCUCCCUCCGGGUCUCUCACUGGGUUUCACGUCCCCUCGUUCUCCCGGAACUUGGUGGGCGUGCGACCCCUCGUGAGUCAGCACGUGGGUGUGUGGUUUGAGCCUUCUGGAGAGACUGCGGUUCCUACGUCUGCUCCAGUCCCUGCGUCGUGCUCCUGCCGGUCGCUUGCCCACCCCACCGUUCUGUGGCACCACCGGAUGGGGCACCCGUCCCUUCCUCGUCUGCGCGCUAUGUCUAGUCAGCGUCUUGUCCUAGGCCUCCCACGUGUCUUGCCGUCGCUGCCGCCUUCGCUUGCGCCGCCGUGUGGUCCCUGCGUUGAGGGUCGGCUGCGCGCCGCCCCUCACUCCUCCUCCCUUCGUCCGGCCACCGAGCCUUUUGAGACGCUUCACUUGGACGUCUGGGGCCCCGCCCCUCGUCUAGGCCCUGAGCGUGAGCGCUACUUUCUGGUGGUCGUUGACGACUUCUCCCGCUACACCACAGUGUUCCCUCUGGCGAAGAAGUCUGAGGUGACUUCUACGCUGAUCAGGUGGUUGCUCACCACCGAGGACACUCGUGGUCGUUGUGUCAGCUGCCUCCACUCCGACCGUGGGGGUGAGUUUCGCUCCGGCAUUCUCGCUGGAUUCUGUCGCGAGCAGGGCAUUCGUCAGUCCUGGACGCUUCCAGAGUCCCCACAGCAGAAUGGGGUUGCUGAGCGCCGCAUAGGCCUGGUCAUGGAGAUCGCCCGCACCUCCCUGACUCACGCCUAUGCCCCCCAUUUUCUGUGGCCCUACGCGGUCAGGUACGCCGCGCACCAGCUGAACCUCUGGCCACGUGUCUCUCGACCAGAGGUUUCACCGACCAGUCUUUGGACAGGGUCCCCUGGUGUUGCGUCGCGGUUUCGUGUCUGGGGGUGCUUGGCCCUUGUCCGCGACACCUCCGCGGACAAGCUCUCGCCUCGUGCCGUCCCCUCUGUCUUCCUUGAUUUCCCUGAGGACUCCUCUGACUUCACCUUUUACCACCCUCCCUCUCACCGGUUCUUUGACUCCCGUGACGUCCGUUUCGAGGAGUCCACUCCGUACUACGUCAGGUACCCCAGUCGAGGUCUCCAGGUUCCUCCUCCCCCCCUCUUCCUGACUGCCGCUCCCCCUCCUGUUCCCCCGGUACAGCCUCCCCCCCCUGGUCCAGCCCCGUCGGGUGUGUCCCAGGCUACCCCUCCUCCUUCGGUAGCCUCUCCGGUAUAG